GCGUGGGGGGCACCCGGAGUGGAGUGACUGGCUCAUUCUCAACCCCGGUGGGCACUGGCGCAUGUGGACUCUCUGCUGUGUGCUGCGCUCCGCGGCCAGGCGCACCAUGUCGCAGGGACCCGCCUGGCGCCAGCGGCCGCCCAAGGACCCGCUGCGACACUUGCGCACGCGGGAGAAGCGCGGCCCGACGUGGGAGCCUGGGGGCCCGAAAACCGUGUACCUGCAGGUGGUGGCGGGGGGCGAUCGGGACUCGGGCGCCGCGGUCUACGUCUUCUCUGAGUUCAACCGGUAUCUCUUCAACUGUGGAGAAGGCGUCCAACGACUCAUGCAAGAGCACAGGAUUAAAGUGUCUCGUUUGGACAACAUAUUUCUUACCAGAAUGCACUGGUAUAAUGUUGGCGGGCUCAGUGGACUGAUUCUUACGUUGAAAGAAAUGGGGCUUCCGAAGUGUGUACUCGCUGGACCUCCCCAACUGGAAAAAUUCAUUGAAGCUAUCAAACUAUUUUCUGGUCCGUUGAAAGGAAUAGAUCUUGCUGUGCGGCCUCACUCUUCAGCAGAGUACAAGGAUGAGACCAUGACGGUUUUCCAGAUCACCAUAUACAGUGAGCAGAGGCCUUCAGAAAACCAGCCAUCACAGAGUCCAGGAAGACUCAGCCCAGCACAGUCUUCCAGCUUUGGGUCAGCUCCAGAUGUACAUCAUCUUCCAGAUGGUGCUGACCAGAAACUAGGGGGCAGAGACCCCUUCUUGGUAGUGGCUUUUAUUUGUAAGCUGCACUUGAAGAAAGGAAGCUUCUUGGUACUUAAAGCAAAGCAGCUGGGCCUCCCAGUUGGGACAGCUGCCAUCGCCCCCAUCAUCGCUGCUGUCAAGGAUGGGAAGAGCGUCACUUUUGAAGGAAGAGAGAUUUUACCUGAAGAGCUCUGUACUCCUCCGGAUCCUGGUAUUGCUUUUAUUGUGAUAGAAUGUCCAGAUGAAGGCUUCAUCCAACCCAUCUGUGAGAAUACUGAGUUCAAGAGGUACCAAGGAAAUGCGGAUACAUCUGUGGCCCUGGUAGUUCAUAUGACACCAGAGUGUGUGCUCAAGGACAGCAGAUACCAGCAGUGGAUGGAGAGGUUUGGCCCUGAGACCCAGCAUCUGAUUUUGAAUGAAACUUGUGCAUCAGUCCACAACCUCCGUAGCCACAAGAUUCAAACACAACUCAACCUCAUCCAUCCGGACAUCUUCCCACCACUUGUUGACUUCAGCUGUAAGGAAGCAGAUACUGACUUCAGUGUACCCACAGUGCGGGGUAAAUGCCUCCUCAAAUACCAGUUACGUCCUAAGAGGGAGUGGCAGAGGGAUGCCAUCAUCACUUGCAAUCAGGACGAAUUCAUAACGGAGGCACUGGAGUGCCCCGGAUUCAAAGAGAGCAUCCAAGAAUACAGGCAGACUGUGCAGCAUAGUCCCACCCCUGCAGAGAAAAGAAGCCAGUACCCAGAAGUCGUCUUCCUUGGAACAGGGUCUGCCAUCCCAAUGAAGAUUCGAAACGUCAGCGCCACGCUUGUCAACAUAAGCCCUGACAAGUCCCUGAUGCUGGACUGUGGUGAGGGCACCUUUGGGCAGCUGUGCCGUCACUACGGGGAUGAAGUGGACAGGGUCCUGGGCAGCCUUGCAGCUGUGUUUGUGUCCCACAUGCAUGCAGACCACCACACAGGCUUGAUACAUAUCCUGCUGGAGAGAGAGCGAGCUUUGGCAAGUCUAGAAAAGCCAUUUCACCCUUUGCUAGUGGUUGCUCCCAAGCAGCUUGGAGCCUGGAUUCACCAGUACCACAACCAGUGCCAGCAGAUUCUACAUCACAUGAGUAUGAUUCCUGCCAGAUGCCUUCAGAAGGGAGCUGAGGGCGCCAGUCCUGAAGAUGAAAGGUUGAUCCGUUUGUUGUUGGAAAGUUGUGAUUUGGAGGAGUUUCAGACCUGCCUGGUCCGGCACUGUAAGCAUGCUUUUGGCUGCGCGCUAGUCCACACCUCCGGCUGGAAAGUAGUUUACUCUGGGGACACCAUGCCCUGUGAAGCUCUGGUCCAGAUGGGGAAAGAUGCCACCCUCCUAAUACACGAAGCUACAUUGGAAGACGGCCUGGAAAGGGAGGCUUUGGAAAAGACACACAGCACAACCUCACAGGCGAUCCGUGUGGGGAUGCAGAUGAAGGCCGAGUUCAUUAUGCUGAACCACUUCAGCCAGCGCUAUGCCAAGAUCCCCCUCUUCAGCCCUGACUUCAACGAUAAAGUUGGAAUCGCCUUCGAUCACAUGAAGGUCUGCUUUGGAGACUUCCCAACUGUGCCCAAGCUGAAAGCCCCACUCCAAGCCCUGUUUGCUGAGGACAUCGAGGAGAUGGAGGAGCGUAGGGGGAAGCGAGAGAUGCGGCUGGUGCGGGAGGCCCUCCACGCCAUUGAGCAGGCUGGGAUACCCGAGGACAGCAAGCCCCAGCAGAAACGGGCCCCCAGGGAAGAGCAUCAUAGCCCACAGAGCAAGAAGGUCAGGGCACAGUGACGAUCCCAGAGUGACCUUGCCCCGUGCAGGCUUGUGGCUCCUGCCCCAACUCACAGGCACCCUGUCUGUUCUCCUUGCUUGGAGAUUAUCAGAAGUGUGUGUGUGUGCAUGUGUGGAUUUGGGCCUUGGCUCGGGCUCCCUGCUAAGGACUGACCUGCUAGACUGGUGGUUGGCACGAUCGUGGGACAGGACACUGCCAAACAGAAAACAAGACGACAGGGAUAUGUGUUAACUCACCGCCACAGGUUAAAUUUAAAAAAAAAUUUUUUAAGGAAGUCAUGGAAAAACAAGGUGUACCUGCACUUGUUCUAGCCAAGUUUUUCCCUAUGGAUACCAGCGGGAGGUCAAAUCAGGGACCGUUGGGUUGUAGACACAGAAGUCUAAGGCUCCAAGGCUGAAGGAAUAGUAUUUCCAAAAACACAGAUUGCAAUAAAGGUUCCGUUUGGGA